AUGUGUUUCCGUGUACUGGGAAAAGAUCUCCAUAUCCCGGAAUCAGAAUCAACGCCACCUGCCUCGCCAGCUACAGAAUUCCGCCACCCCAUUUCAAGUGGUCCAAGGGAGUGGAUGGAACUGAUCAAAUACAUACUACUAUAUACAUCCAACGGCAGAUCUAGCGUGAGCCAGUGUGUGACAUUUGUUAUUGAACCAUAUAACACGUCUGCACCUAUUGGAGGGACCGGAACGCUCGCCUGUAUCGCUACUAACCUAGGAUCAGACAGUGUGUCGUGGAAAAGGAAGCAAAGUUCCGGAAAUGGUUACGAUUCUCUGACUUUUGGAACCAACAUUGUGACAUCCAUUCAGAAUAAAUAUGCAGUAUCCGGUACGGCUAACCUGACAAUCCAGAACGUGGCUGCCUCGGACGAGGGACUUUAUCAGUGUGCUAUUGGGUCUACUGUACGUGAGAUCUCCUUCACACCUGUCAUUCUACCGACCAAUGUUUCCGUGUACUGGGAAAACUCCCCAUAUGCUGGAAACAGAGUCAACAUCACCUGCCUUGCCACCUACGGAAAUCCACCACCCUAUCUCAAGUGGUUCAAGGGAGUGAACCAGAUGGAACUGACCCAGAAUGCAUACUACUAUACGUCCAAUGUCAGAUCUAGCGGAUACGGAGAUGCAGUGAGCACAAUGGCACUGAUUCUAAACAGCAAUGACCAGAAUCAGGAAAUCAGGUGCGAGGCUGCGUAUGACGGUUACGAGAGAGCCAUGGAGUACACACUCAACAUCCAACUCAGCGGUGGACCAUCAUUGAAGGCACAAGGAUUGCUGGCAGCUCUGUUUGUAGCCUGCAGCUUGGCGUUCAAGAGUUUAUAAUGGACUGCAGAUGCUGAUUUAACUGUGUGAACAUUUACGAACAGAAUCUCUUGAAACAAUUUUGCUCGAUCUCUUGGACAACUUUUUCGUGUUUCGGGUUCUUCUCCAUGGAUUUCCGAUGUGGAUCUCAUACAUCUAAAAUAGGUGCAACAAGAUGGCAUAUGUAAAUUGUGUUUUCAUCUCAUAAAUUACAAUUAAAGACCGGAAAUGAGACAAAUUUUGCUUUGUUGAGUACUAAACAAUAGG